CUCUUGCUGAACCACAAAGACAUAGAAUCAAAGUGCUUCUUUUGGACAUACUGGCUUUUCUUUCUUUCUUUUUUUCUUCUGUCUCUUCUAUUUCUUGUGGAUAUUAUGGCUAAUAACACAACAAGUUUAGGGAGUCCAUGGCCAGAAAACUUUUGGGAGGAUGUUAUAACGUCCUUCACAGUGUCCAUUGCAAUCGUGCUUGUAAUUGGAGGAUUUAUCUGGGCUCUGUUUGUUUGCUUGUCUCGAAGAAGAGCCAGUGCCCCCAUCUCACAGUGGAGCUCGAGCCGGCGAUCGAGGUCUUCUUAUAACCAUGGCCUCAGCAGAACUGGAUUUUACCGCCACAGUGGCUGUGAACGGCGGAGCAACCUCAGCCUGGCCAGCCUCACCUUCCAGCGACAAGCUUCCCUGGAACAAGCAAAUUCCUUUCCAAGAAAAUCAAGCUUCAGGGCUUCCACUUUCCAUCCCUUCCUGCAAAGUCCACCACUUCCCGUGGAAACUGACAGUCAGCUGGUGACUCUGCCCUCUUCCAGUACACUUCCCGCCAUCACCUCCCACAACCUGGGCCGUCCAGAUUUCCACUGGUCCAGCAACAGCCUGCGAGUGGGCUUUUCCACACCGCCCCCACCUGCCUAUGAAUCAAUUAUAAAGGCAUUCCCAGAUUCCUGAGUAGGGUGCUUUUGGUUUUGUUUCUUCCUUUUACUGAAAUAAAAUUACAAAUAGGCUAACUGGAAUUUUGAGGGCAUGGCCCAAACAGCUAAUGAGUUUCCAAGCUGAGUUAUGCUCAAGUAGUUGGACAUGACAGUGUAAAACACAUUUCUCUGAAUACAUUUUUUCCUUCCAUGUGUCUCACAAAAUAGUAAUAUUUUCCAAUUAGUUAUCUAUUUAUGUAUUUUGCAUUCAACGUGAAGGUUAUUAAAGACAGUGAUUCUUAUCUAAAACUCAGCUGUGAUACAAUAUAUAUCAUUAGACUAAAAUUAAAACUUUAGAUAUUCGUGGUUUACAAUACUCAUUCACUGUCCAAUGUAACUAGAAAGGGAAAAAAAAUCACUAUGUCACUUUUUAAAAACAAAACAAAAACUAUCUUAAGGAAACUUAAUUUUACUUUCUUCAGAAUGAUGUGAAUUGUUUUAUAAUCCUGAAUUUUUAAUGGAUUAUAUAAGCACAAAAAUGACAGAACAGAGAUUUCAAAGUUCCUUGAAGGCAUUCAUUUAUGAGAGGAGUCAGAACCAAGGAAAGGAAGGGAACUUCUGUGGGUGUUACAGAACACUUCAGUUUUGCCACUUAUUUUUCCCCCAGACUUUGUGUCUUUUCUGAGAAUAGUUAUCUACACCACUGAGGCAAAAUCCGUAAGUUUCCUGAAACGACUGAACUCUUCUUCACUGUUGUAGUUAUGUUGUUAGAAAAACAGCAAUAGCAAAUCCAAUUCAUUGACCUAACAAUACACUUUAACACUGAGCUUACAUUUUCCUAAGGGAUACAUUUUAUUUCUUAGAUCUAAAUCUAGCAACCAGGAAAGCACUUUAUCUAGGGACCUUCUCUUGGAACUCACAAACAACUAGGGGUCAGUAGUGAGAGAGUUUGUCAUGAAAUAAAUGUUAUAACCAUGAAUAAUUCUCCUUCCUGGAUCAGCUCAUCAGGCAUCAUCCUUUGUUUGCUUUCCUACGAAUUUCAAUCUCAGAUUCUAUGAAGAGUCUUUGUAUAAUGAUGAAACCAUGUCAUAUGGUCCUGGUGCAGACUAUCACUUAAGGAGUCUGCUUCCACAAAGAGCCACCCCUGUAAAGAAAGGUACAUUCCCAAAUAUGGGUACCAGAGGGCUUCAGUGGCCAAAUGCCCAUGGAUGCCCUUUUUCAUUUAAGGACACGAGUUCACUGGAGUAUUAUUCAAAAGGCCUGUGGUUCAUAUCUGAUAUAGUGACUAUUUAGCUUAUGUUGCUGUUUAUUUGUUUCUCUGAACAUUGUAAUUUUAGUGAAGAAAAAAAUGUACUCUCAUUUUAGCUUCUGCAAUGCAGCGCUCACAGCAAAUAGUAUCUGAAGAUGGUUCAAGAAUGUAAUAAUAUCUACAUAUAGUAAGAGAUUCUGUAUAGCAUUUUCUUUAAUAUUUUUAUUAGCAUUUAUCUUCCACUGUUCUUCAAGGACAAUUAUUCUUAAUGAUGUCUAUAGAUCAAUGCUCUCUAAUGUAAUAUACCAGAAAGAAAGAAGAGGUAGGGAGGGAGGAAGGAAGUGAGGAAGAAGGAAAGAGAAGAAGAAAGAAAGAAAAAAAAUCUCACAGGAUAACCAAUUUGUUAUCAGUUGGUUUUCAACAAAUUUAGCAAUUGUCAUAUAACCAUGUAAGAUUACAGAAGAGCAUUAACUUAGUAACAAGGUAAUAUUUUGCUUGUAUGUCAUCCUUAAUAUUUAAUAUGAGCAGUAAGGAAAGUGUAUAGUUUUUAAUCUAGAAUUUAUAUUGGGAAUAAAAAUUGCUUGGUAUCUCUCAAAUUAAGAAAAUAGAAGCAGAAGUUCUCUGGUGAAUUUAACCAUCUGGCGGAAUUGUUAUCACCUCUCUCUCCAAGUUUUGGAACAAUCAAAAUGAAUAUCUUAUAAAUACUGUGCAAUGUAUGAAAUGUGAAAUUAAAGCAAAAACGAAGGACUUUUUAAGUCGAUCUGUUUAAUUUGAAAUGUUCAGUUGAUUAUGAAAUAAAAUUAAACUCAUGUCAA